UCCACUGUUUUGUUUGGCGAUUCUAUGUUAAAAGGAUUUAACGAAUACCUUAUCAGACUUUCCGAUACGUCGGUUAUAGUGAAAUCUGGACUGAAAGUCAGUACCAUCAAUGACACUCAUGUCGAAGAGAUAAAAGCCUUGAAACCAGCUCGCGUUAUUCUUGCUGUUGGUGCAAACGACAUGUGUCCCCGCCAACAAGAUAUUGUGUUACAACCAAGCAUUGCCCAUACCGAUGCUUCUCUCGCGAGCUUGGCAAAGGCCACACUUGCUAUGUUGAUUAUGUCACUUGCUUCUCCUCUUCGCGAUGCUGGCUUUGAAGUCCUGCUCCUUUGUCCAAUUGUUCGCAAGGACUUUUACCGUGAAAUCCGCGCGUUGGAUACAGCCAUCAAGUCUUCAGAUUGGUCAUUUAUUCCCGUUGGACUAUUGCGCUACACACAUUUAUCUACCGAUGGUGUUCAUUUGUCGCAAAUGGGCUGCCUGAAUUUGGCGAAAUUAAUUUGUGAGAGAGUAUCCUUAACUCUUUUGACAUCUGCCGUGCCGUUUACUAUCAGCUCAUCUUCAGUGUUUGGCGUCUCUCAAAUUUCCCUUGACGUUUGCAAUAAAUCUGUUUUGAGCAUAGCUGAUUCCCUCUUUGCAGAGCUUUACAAAUCAUACAAACAGGAAUCUUGGACACAUGUCAACGGGCGCUCUGUCAAGUGGAUUUCAGAGGUUCCAUACUCAUAUGGAAGCGUUCGCCACCCGCCCAACAACUCUUGGUCACCACAGUUGUUGUUGUUAAAGACCUUGUUGGAGAAAGAACUCAAAGUUUCCUUCAACAGUGUCCUCAUCAACAUUUAUUGUUCCCUCGAAGAGGGAGUUGGAUUUCACGCUGACAACGAACGUGGUAUUCCUGAUUAUCCAACCAUUGCCAGCGUAUCCCUUGGAGCCACCCGACGCUUUGCAAUGAAAAGAAACGGGACCACGCGCUCUGAAGUUUCUGUUUUGUUGCCACAUGGUAGCGUUUUUACCAUGCUCGGAGCUUGCCAGAAAGACUGGAAGCACAGCAUCUUGAGAGGAUCAACUGCACCCGAUGGAUCGUUUGAGAAAUGGAAUGGCGUCCGUUUAAAUUUGACGUUCCGUAAUCAGUUUGACGCUGAACGUUGAAGUUUUAUGUCAUUUUUAUUACUUGCCGGUUUUUGAAGGUUGAAUUUGAACUUGAUUUCGUGGAAUACUUAACUGAUAUCUUUACCUGAUUGAAGUUUUGUUCAUGAAUACCAACAUUGGUACAUUUUUCAGAUCUGUGUCAUGUCUUUGCAAGUAUUUUUUUUGUUUUUUGGAUUUGUUUUUCGGAUUGUUUUACUGCUACAUACUGUCAAUUCUGAGACUGCUUCACAAUUUCUCAAUAUAAUAAGACUAAUAGCUUUUUUUCAUUUUAGCUCUUUCUUGUAAGUAUAUGUGUAAGUACGAUUUUUAGUUAUUCCGGAGACCCAUAUGAGUCUACAUGCCAAUUUAUACGAUUGGCCGAUUGAAACGACAGGAGGCGUUUUGCUACACAUACAAACACAAUCUUUUGUAUUUUAUUAUAGCUAUAGAAAUUGAUCUACAAUGCGUAAGUACGACAUUUAGUUCUACGAUUGUUAUUUCAGGUCCUUUGUCAAUAUUUCAGGCUCUUUGUCAAUAUAGCAAAAUUUUGGUGUAUAUAUGUGUUAGUAAGAUUUUUAGUUCUACAACGUUUAUUCAGGCUCU